AUUCAAAACACUCCACGCACCCCCUAACCUAACACCCUAAGAGUGCAAAUAAAAAUUUGAUUUUUGGCUUGUGAACGAUAGUUUGCAGAGGUAGUAAAAUUGUCAUCAAUGGCAGCACGAGUCGGAGAAGGGCAAAGAAGAGGAGGAGGAAGGCCACUUCCGCCGUCGGCAAGAGGACCUACUGGUCCUCCUGUUCAUGGUAAACCCGGACCUCGAUUUGAACCAGUCGACCGCGAAAAGACUUGUCCAUUGCUACUUCGAGUUUUUACCAAGAUUGGUGGUCAUCACAACCAGGCAGACUUUGCAGUGAGAGGUAAGGAACCUAAAGAUGAAGUCCAGAUAUACACAUGGAUGGAUGCUACACUUCGUGAGCUAACUGAUCUGGUAAAGGAGGUAGCACCAGAAGCUAGAAGAAGAGAUGCAAUGCUGUCAUUUGCUUUUGUAUAUCCUACCAAAACUGGUCAUUUUACAGUCAAAGAGGUUGGGAAAACCUUGUCUUAUCCGAAUGCAAGACGACCAGACGAUGGCAGCAAGGCCCUCGGCAGCCUUAGCUUUGAGAUUGGAGAUUACCUAGAUGUCGCAAUUCUUUAGAUUAUCAUGGUUUUGUGGUUUGGUUUGGUUAAGAAGAUUAAACCAUUGGAAGGGUAGUUUUGUAAUUUUGCUUGCGGUCAACUAAAACCCUAUUUACAUGGAUAUCUUUAAAACCCAAUGUUUUAAUUUGUUUUUUUUUUUUUCCCUGUCAUUUUGUGGUCGGCCUUGUUGAAAAGAGACAAAAGAAGUCUUAUCGAUGUCUUUUAUGCGUGUUGAUGGAAUUUAAUGUGCUUGAGUUGUAAUAAAAUGUAUAUAAACAAAAUCAAACCCUAUGAAAAUAUGGAUAAGUUUGAUUUUCCUUGUUGCAUGGAGAUGAUGUGUUUAUAAUUUAUAU